UACAAGCCAUGCAAAUAGAACUCGCCACCUGCUUCUUUCUGUGCCUUUUGCCGCUCAGCUUUAGUGCCACCAGAAGAUACUACCUGGGUGCAGUGGAACUGUCCUGGGACUAUAUGCAAAGCGAGCUGCUCGGUGCACUGCAUGUGGACGCAAGGUUUUCUUCUAGGGUGCCAAGUUCUUUGCCAUUCAACACGUCAGUCAUGUACAAAAAGACUGUGUUUGUAGAGUUUACAGAUGACCUUUUCAACAUUGCCAAACCCAGGCCACCGUGGAUGGGUCUGCUGGGUCCUACCAUCCGAGCUGAGGUUUAUGACACAGUGGUCAUCAUACUUAAGAACAUGGCUUCUCAUCCUGUCAGUCUUCAUGCUGUUGGUGUAUCCUAUUGGAAAGCUUCCGAAGGUGCUGAAUAUGAGGAUCAGACCAGCCAAAAGGAGAAGGAAGAUGAUAAAGUCAUUCCUGGUGAAAGCCAUACUUAUGUCUGGCAGGUCCUGAAAGAGAACGCUCCAAUGGCCUCUGAUCCGCCAUGUCUCACCUACUCAUAUUUUUCUCAUGUGGACCUGGUGAAAGACCUGAAUUCAGGCCUCAUUGGAGCCCUGCUGGUUUGCAAAGAAGGGAGCCUGGCCAGAGAAAGGACACAGGACUUGCCUGAAUUUGUACUGCUUUUUGCUGUGUUUGAUGAAGGGAAAAGCUGGCACUCAGAAACAAAUGAGUCUUCAGAUCUGGCAUCUGCUCAGGCCCGGCGUGAAAUGCAUACAGUCAAUGGCUACAUAAACAGGUCUCUGCCAGGUCUGACUGGAUGUCACAAGAGAUCAAUUUAUUGGCAUGUGAUUGGAAUGGGCACCACCCCCGAAGUGCACUCAAUUUUUCUUGAAGGUCACACAUUUCUUGUGAGAAACCAUCGCCAGGCCUCCUUGGAGAUCUCACCGUUAACUUUCCUGACUGCUCAGACAUUCCUGAUGGACCUCGGCCAGUUUCUACUGUUUUGUCAUAUCCCUUCCCACCAACAUGGUGGUAUGGAAGCUUAUGUCAAAGUAGAUAGCUGCCCAGAGGAGCCCCAACUACGGAUGAAAAAUAAGGAAGAGGAAAAUUAUGAUGAAGAUCUUUAUGACUCUGACAUGGAUGUGAUUAGCUUUGAUGACGACAACUCCUUUCCUCUCAUGCAAAUCCGCUCAGUUGCCAAGAAGCACCCCAAAACUUGGGUGCACUAUAUUGCUGCCGAAGAGGAGGACUGGGACUACGCUCCCUCAGACCCCGCCCCCAGCGAUGGAAGUUAUAAAAAUCUGUAUUUGAACAAUGGUCCUCAGCGGAUUGGUAGGAAGUACAAAAAAGUCCGAUUUAUGGCAUACACAGAUGAAACAUUUAAGACUCGUGAAGCUGUUCAGUAUGAAUCAGGAAUACUGGGACCUUUACUUUAUGGAGAAGUUGGAGACACACUGGUGAUAAUAUUUAAGAAUCAAGCAAGCCGGCCUUAUAACAUCUACCCUCAUGGGAUCACUGAUGUCAGCCCUUUGCACUCAGGGAGAUUGCCAAAAGGUGUGAAACAUUUGAAAGAUAUGCCAAUUCUGCCAGGAGAGAUAUUCAAGUAUAAAUGGACAGUGACUGUAGAAGAUGGGCCAACGAAAUCGGAUCCUCGGUGCCUGACCCGAUAUUACUCAAGCUUCAUUAAUCUGGAGAGAGAUCUAGCUUCAGGACUCAUUGGCCCUCUCCUCAUCUGCUACAAAGAAUCUGUAGAUCAAAGAGGAAAUCAGAUGAUGUCAGACAAGAGAAACGUCAUCCUGUUUUCUGUAUUUGACGAGAAUCGGAGCUGGUACCUCACAGAGAAUAUGCAGCGCUUCCUCCCCAGCACAGAGACUGCGCGGCGGGGCGACCCAGACUUCCAGGUCUCUAACAUCAUGCACAGCAUCAAUGGCUAUGUUUUUGACAAUUUGCAGCUGUCAGUUUGUUUGCAUGAGGUGGCAUACUGGUACAUUCUAAGUGUUGGAGCACAGACUGACUUCCUGUCUGUCUUCUUCUCUGGAUAUACCUUCAAACACAAAAUGGUCUAUGAAGACACACUUACCCUAUUCCCAUUCUCAGGAGAAACUGUCUUCAUGUCAAUGGAAAACCCAGGUCUAUGGGUUCUGGGGUGCCACAAUUCAGACUUUCGGAACAGAGGCAUGACAGCCUUACUGAAGGUUUCUAGUUGUAAUGGGAACAUUGGUGAUUAUUAUGAGGACACAUAUGAAGAUAUUCCAACUUCCUUGCUGAAUGAAAACAACAUCAUUGGACCCAGAAGCUUCUCCCAGAAUUCAAGGCACCCUAACACUAAGCAGAAGCAAUUCAAAGCCACCACAAGCCCAGAAAAUGACAUAGGGAAGAUGGAGCCUCAGUCUGCAGAAAGAACGCAGCUGCUUAAAGCACAAAGUGUCUCCUCUAGUGAUCUGUUGAUGCUGUUGGGACAGAACCCUUCUCCACAUUUAUUCUUACCUGAUCUCCAGGAAGCCACACAUGAAGCUGAGGAUCAUUUACUUGGAGCAACAGAAGGAAACAAGGGCCCAUCUGAAGUGGCAAGUCUGAGACCAGAGCUCCAUCACAGUGGGGACCAAGUAUUUACUCCUAAGCCAGAACUGCAGUUAAGAUUAAAUGCGAAUUUGGAGACACCUGCAACAGUAGAGGUGAAUAAACUUGAUUUAAAAAUUUCUAGUUCAUCAGACAGUCUAAUGACUUCACCAACAAUUUCAUCAGAGAAGUUGGCAGCAGGUACUGAAAAGACAAGUUCCUUAGAACCUCCAAAUAUGUCAGUUCACUUUGAUAGUCAUUUAGGCACCAUUGUAAAUUCAUCUCACCUUAUUCAGUCCAAUGUACCUUUGGGCUUGAGUGAAGGAGAUAAUGAUUCCAGGUUGUUAGAAGCAGCUUUAAUGAAUAGUCAAGAAAGUUCACUGGGGGAAAAUGUAUUAUCAAUGGAGAGUAAUAGGUUAUUUAAAGAAGAAAGAGUUCGUGGACCUGCUUCAUUAGUCAAAGAUAAUGCUUUAUUCAAAGUUAAUAUCUCUUUGGUAAAGAUGAACAAGACAUCAAUUAACUCAACAACUAAUGGAAAGACUCAUGUUGAUGUCUCAACACUAUUUAUUGAGAACAGUACAUCAGUCUGGCAAGAUACUAUAUUAGAAAGUAAUACUGAGUUUCAAAAAGUGAUUUCUUUGGUUCAUAAUGAAACAUUUAUGGAGAGAAAUAUUACAGCUUUGGGGCUAAAUCAUGUGUCAAACAAAACUACUUCAUCAAAAAAUGUGGAAAUGGCCCACCAAAAACAAGAGGGCCCUAUGCCACUAGGUAUGGAAAAUCCAGAUCUAUCAUUCUUCAAGAUACCGUUCUUGCCAGAUUCAGCAAAUUGGAUAAAAGAGACCCAUGGCAAGAACUCCCUAAGCUCUGAGAAAAGGCCCAGUCCAAAGCAGUUAACAUCUUUAGGAUCAGAAGAAUCUGUGAAAGAUCAGAAUUUUUUGUCAGAGGAGAAGGUGGUAAUAGGAGAGGAUGAAUUUACAAAGGACACUGGACUCAAAGAGAUGAUUUUUCCAAAGAAUAAGAGCAUAUUUUUUACUAACUUGGCUAAUGUCCAAGAAAAUGAUACAUACAAUCAAGAAAAGAAAUCUCAGGAAAAGAUAGAAAGAAAGGAAAAAUUAACCCAAGAGAAUGUGGCUUUGCCUCAGGUAUAUACAGUGAUUGGCACUAAGAAUUUCCUGAAAAACCUUUUCUCGCUAAGCACAAAGCAAAAUGUAGAAGGUUCACAUGAGCAGCCACACACUCCAGCACUUCAAGACACCAGGUCAUUAAAUGACUCUGCACAUACAGAAGGGAGUCACAUGGCCAAUUUCUCAAAAAUAAGGGAAGAAGCAAACUUGGAAGGUCUGGAAAAUCAAACAAAUCAAAUGGUAGAGAGGUUUCCAAGCCCUACAAGGAUGUCUCCUAAUCCAGGUCAGCAUCUUAUUACUCAUCGUGGUAAACGGGCUUUGAAACAACCCAAACUCUCACUAGAAGAAAUAAAGUUUGAAAGGAGGGUAACUUUGAAUGACACCUCAACCCAGUGGUCCAAAAAUAUGACCUAUUUGACCCAGGGCACCCUCACACAGAUAGAGUACAAUGAGAAAGAAAAAAGAGCCAUCACUGAGUCCCUCCUAUCAGAUUGUUCUAUGAGAAAUCAUGGCCUCAUGCAAAUGAAUGACUCUGCGUUACCUUUUGCAAAAGUAUCAGCAUUUCCAUCAAUUAGACAUACAGAUCUGACCAAGAUCUCAUCCCAAGACAACUCCUCUCAUCUUCCAGCAUCAGCUUGUAAUUAUACCUUUAGGGAGAGGAGUUCUGGGGUUCAGGAAAGCAGUCAUUUCUUACAAGAAGCCAGAAGAAAUAACCUUUCUUUAGCCUUCCUAACCUUAGAAAUGAUUAGAGGUCAAGGGAAGUUCAGCUCCACAAGGAAAAGUGCCACAAACCAACCCACAUACAAGAAACUUGAAAGCCCUGUUCUCUUUAAACCAGACUUGUAUAAAACAUCUGGCACAGUUGAAUUACUUCCUAAAUUUCAUGUUCAUCAAGACUCUUUGGCUACAAAAACCAGCAAUGAUUCUCCUGGCCACCUGGAUCUCAUGGAAAAGAUCUUUCUUCAGAAAACUCAGAGACCUGUUAAACUGAAUAAAACAAACAGACCUGGAAAAGCGCCCUUUCUGAAAUCAACAGAAAGCUCUGAGAAGAUUCCCUCCCAGCUGCUGGGUCCCCUUGCUUGGGAGGACCACUCUGCUACCCAGAUAAGAGAAGAGUGGAAAUCCCAAAAGAAGUCACAGAAAAACACAGCUUUUAGGAGAAAGGACACCAUUUUGUCCCUGGGCCCUUGUGAAAAUAAUCAUUCAAAAGCAGGAAUAAAUGAAGAAGAAGAUAAGCCCCAAAGAGAAGCCACCUGGGCACAGCAAGGAGGUACUGGAAGGUUGUGCUCUCAAAACCCACCAGUCUCAAAACGCCGUCAAAGGGAAAUACCCGUUAGUACUCCUCAGCCAGAGGAAGACAAAUUUGAGUAUGAUGACAACUUCUCGAUUGAAAUGAAGAGAGAAGAUUUUGACAUCUAUGGCGAAGAUGAAAAUCAGGGCCUCCGCAGCUUUCAGAAGAGAACACGACACUAUUUCAUUGCUGCAGUGGAGCGUCUCUGGGAUUAUGUGAGUAGAUCUCCCCGAGUCCUAAGAAACAGGGCUCAAGGUAGGGAUGUCCCUCAGUUCAAGAAGGUGGUUUUCCAGGAAUUUACUGAUGGGUCUUUUACUCAGCCCUUAUACCGUGGAGAACUAAAUGAACACCUCGGACUCUUGGGGCCAUAUAUAAGAGCAGAAGUUGAAGACAAUAUCAUGGUAACUUUCAAAAACCAGGCCUCUCGUCCCUACUCCUUCUAUUCUAGCCUUAUUUCUUAUGAGGAAGAUCAGAGGCAAGGAGCAGAACCUAGAAGAAAGUUUGUCAACCCUAAUGACACCAGAAUUUACUUUUGGACAGUGCAGCAGCAUAUGGCCCCCACUAAAGAUGAGUUUGACUGCAAAGCCUGGGCUUAUUUUUCUGAUGUUGAUCUGGAGAAGGAUGUGCACUCAGGCUUGAUUGGACCCCUUCUGAUCUGCCGCAGCGAUACACUGAACCCUGCUCAUGGGCGACAAGUGACAGUGCAGGAAUUCGCUCUGUUUUUCACUAUUUUUGAUGAGACUAAGAGCUGGUACUUCACUGAAAACCUGGAAAGGAACUGCAGAGCUCCCUGCAAUAUCCAGAAGGAGGAUCCCACUCUUAAAGAAAAUUACCGUUUCCAUGCAGUCAAUGGCUAUGUGAUGGACACACUGCCUGGCUUAGUAAUGGCUCAGGACCAAAAGAUUCGAUGGUAUCUGCUCAGCAUGGGCAGCAGUGAAAACAUCCAUUCUAUUCAUUUCAGUGGACACGUGUUCACUGUACGGAAAAAAGAGGAGUAUAAAAUGGCAGUCUACAACCUCUACCCAGGUGUUUUUGAGACUGUGGAAAUGCUACCAUCCAAAGUUGGAAUUUGGCGGAUAGAAUGCCUUAUUGGCGAGCACCUACAAGCGGGGAUGAGCACUCUUUUUCUGGUGUACAGCAAGAAGUGUCAGACUCCGCUGGGGAUGGCUUCUGGACACAUCCGAGAUUUUCAGAUUACAGCUUCAGGACAAUAUGGACAGUGGGCCCCAAAGUUGGCCAGACUUCAUUAUUCCGGAUCGGUCAAUGCCUGGAGCACCAAGGAUCCCUUCUCCUGGAUCAAGGUGGAUCUGUUGGCGCCAAUGAUUAUUCACAGCAUCAUGACCCAGGGUGCCCGUCAGAAGUUCUCCAGCCUCUACAUCUCUCAGUUUAUCAUCAUGUAUAGUCUUGAUGGAAAGAAGUGGCAGAGUUAUCGAGGGAAUUCUACCGGGACCUUAAUGGUCUUCUUUGGCAAUGUGGAUUCAUCCGGGAUAAAACACAAUAUUUUUAACCCUCCAAUCAUUGCUCGGUACAUCCGUUUGCACCCAACACAUUACAGCAUCCGCAGCACUCUUCGCAUGGAGCUGAUGGGCUGUGAUUUAAAUAGUUGCAGCACGCCACUGGGAAUGGAGAAUAAAGCGAUAGCAGACGCCCAGAUUACUGCCUCAUCCUCCCUGAACAGCAUGUUUGCCACUUGGUCUCCGUCCCAAGCCCGACUACACUUGCGGGGGAGAGCUAACGCCUGGAGGCCUCAGGCAAAUAAUCCAAAAGAGUGGCUGCAAGUGGACUUCCAGAAGACAAUGAAAGUCACAGGAGUCAUCACGCAGGGGGUGAGGUCUCUCCUCACCGACAUGUACGUGAAGGAGUUCCUCAUCGCUGGCAGUCAGGACGGCCGCAGCUGGACUCUUGUUCUUCAGAAUGGCCAAGUAAAGGCUUUUCGGGGAAAUCAAGACUCCUUCACCCCCGUGGUGAACCCUCUGGACCCGCCGCUCCUGACGCGCUACCUUCGAAUUUACCCGCAGAGCUGGGCGCGCCAGAUCGCCCUGCGGCUGGAGGUGCUGGGCUGCGAGGCAGAGCAGCGGCCCUAAGCUCUCGGGCCCCGACCCGCCGCUUCCGCCCCCCGGGGUCCCGCCCCCCGGCU